AUGAUGACCAAGUUUGAUAUCGCGGUAUAUGGCUCGACUUCGGGCGCCGUGGCCGCAGCUAUCCAGGCUACACGACUGGGACGAAAGACUGUCCUAAUAUCUCCAGACGAGCACAUUGGUGGAAUUCAGAUCGAAGGUCUGGGCUCAACAGAUAUCGACAACCAGGUUGAGUUCCAAAACAGCACGGCGGUUGGGGGCCUUGCGCUGGAACUGCAUCGGCGACUCAGUAAACACUAUGGACGGACUGAACAGCUUGAAGAGGUUAUUUCCAAGCGGCUUAAGGUUCCUGAGGUGUGGAAGUUUGAGUCGUCCGUGUUGGAGAGGAUCAUUGCCGACUGGCUUGCAGAGUAUCCUUCGCUGGCCAUCAUCAAAGCAUCACUCAUUGAACAUCCUUCUGCUGUUACAAAGGACGGCCCUAUAGUCACUUCAGUACAGUUGACAAAUGGGCAAACUAUCAGUGCUCAAUACUUUAUCGAUGCCACCUACGAAGGAGAUCUUCUUGCUGCUGCGGGGAUUACCACUACCGUAGGCCGCGAACCCUCCAGUCAAUACGAUGAGAGCCUCGCCGGAGUUCGAAGUGACACACGCUACACACAGUUCGACGUCCCAGUCGACCCCUACCGUAUUCCCGGUGAUCUAUCCAGUGGACUCCUCUACGGUAUUUCCUCAGAGCCCUUCGGCGAGCCUGGGAGUGGAGACCAGCACCUCCAGGCGUAUUCCUAUCGACUUCCUCUAACAGAUAUCGAGAGCAAUAAAAUUGCCCUCCAGAAGCCUGAGGGAUACGAUGAGUCCCAUUACGAGCUUCACCGUCGAUAUAUCCAGGCCGGCGGGCAACUAUACACCCCUCGCUUUCGAGGUAUUCCAAACCGGAAGACAGAUCUUAUCGGAUCUGAAGCCGUGCUUGCUACAGACUUACUAGGGAUGAAUGACGACUGGCCGACUGCCAAUAGAGCCAGGAGACAAGAGAUCCUCGAAGAAACCACGCGGUUCACGAAAGGACUUAUAUGGUUCUUUGCCAACGACGAAGCUGUUCCCACCUCCCUCCGAAACGAAUGGUCCAGGUUCGGCUACUGCCUCGACGAAUUCCCAGACAACAACCAUUUCCCACGCCGGCUGUAUGUCCGCGACGCCCGCCGCCUGGUCUCCGACUACAUCAUCACCCAACAUACAGCCUCGGAGCACGAUGGCGAGGAGCCAGACCCUUACCCCGUCGCCGUCGCAUACUGGCCCACAGACACGCACUGCGCACGACGAGUUGUUCGAAAUGGCUUAGCCCACAACGAGGGCUUCGUGUUCAAGGAAAAGCACGAGUGGAGGCCGUUUGGGAUUUCGUAUCGUGCUCUUGUUCCGAAGGCCGGAGAGGCUGUGAAUGUUCUUACGGCGACUUGUCCGAGCUCGAGUCAUGUUGGUUAUGGCGCUGUCCGCAUUGAACACCAAUUCUAUGCGCUUGGCCAGGCUUGUGCAAAUGCUUGCGAUAUUGCGUUGGAUACAAUGGGAUCGGGAGAUUCAAGCCUGGUUAAAGUGCAAGAUGUCCCAUAUGCAGUUCUUCGGGAGAGACUGCUUGCACAAGGCGCUGUGCUUGAUGCGUCGCUGGUUGGGAAGCCGGAUUUUAGUCUUUUGCAUGGAUAG